AUGCUCACCUUCAGCGGUUUCAUAUUGGUGGCGCUCAUGGGCCGUCAGAUCGCGGCGGCGGCUGUUCCUGCGCAACCUUCCGCUUGGCCUCAACUGCGAUUCACACCCAAAGGCACUUUUCAAAUGACGGUAUUCAAUGAUUUGCAUUUCGGAGAAGCGGAAAACACAGACUGGGGUCCACUUCAGGACGUGGAUACGCUGCUGGUGAUGAAGACGGUGCUAGAUACGGAGUCUCCUCAGCUAGUUGUCAUCAAUGGCGAUUUAAUCACUGGCGAAAACACCUUCAGGGAAAACUCAACUGAUUAUGUCGACCAAAUUGUCUCUCCUCUGGUGGCCCGCAAGCUUCCCUGGGCAUCGACUUAUGGAAACCACGACUCAGCCUACAAUCUCUCCUCUGCCAACAUAUACGCGAGAGAAAAGACGUACAAGAACAGCUUAACCAAGAAUAUGGUCAAGGGCAAAAACGCUGGAGUCUCCAACUACUACCUGGAGGUAAUGUCCAAUGAUAAACACGACUCUACUCCUGCUAUGAUCCUCUGGUUCUUCGAUAGCCGAGGCGGGAAUUACUAUCAGGAAGAAGAAAAGGACGGCUCCGAUGUUAGUCGACCAAACUGGGUAGACGAAAGCGUUGUACAGUGGUUCGAAGCCACAAGAGUUCAGCUGGCCAAGCGUUACAAAAGGACACUGCCUUCGUACGCAUUCGUUCAUAUUCCUGUCGGCGCCAUGUAUGGCUUUCAGCAGAGAGACGGCGUUGACGAGCAUAAAGAGCCUGGAAUCAACGCGGACAAUCCCCUUUCUCAACAAGGCGUUCAGUCCCCACUGUACAAUGCUACAACCAGUUUUGAGUAUACUGCCCAAGACAAAGCGUUUAUGAAGACUCUACUAGAAACUGAGAACCUCAUGGGCGUCUUUAGCGGUCAUGAUCACGGCGAUGACUGGUGCUUCAAGUGGGAUGAAAACCUCACGUUUUUAGACUUGACGGGCAACGGUCUAGUCUUUGUUUCGGUCGUCAUACCGGCUAUGGAGGCUACGGCUCAUGGACACGAGGGUCUCGACAAAUCUCUGUUGACAUCAAAGACCUUGGUAAAUCGACCAAGACUUGGACGCGGCUUGAAGAUGGUACCACUGUUGGGGCUGUGA